UUGUGCAGUGUCAGUCACCAGCGGGAUCGCGAGCCGGUGAGACAUGGAGGUGUGAUUGUGCGAGAACAAGAGCAUGACGACGAUGCAGUGCAGCCUCGUGUGGCCGGUGUCACUGCUGCUGCUGCUGGCGGCGGCGCCACCAGCGGCGCCCUUUAACCUGGAAACGCGUCUGCCGCUGGUCAAGGUCGGCGCCGACGGAGUCUACUUUGGAUUUUCCAUCGCCGAGCAUCAGAUCGUCGAGGCCGUCACCAACACCUCCUCCGUCUAUAAUGGCACCUGGAUGCUGGUGGGCGCUCCGCUGGACCAGAACCUGCAGCCAAACACGAGCAAGUCGGGCGCCCUGUGGAAGUGUCCGAUGACCACCCUGACGGACGACUGCGAGCAGGUGAUCACCGACGGUCUGCGCAAUAUUAAAGGAGUUUACCAUUUAAAGAAACACAUAGAUUCGCUCAACCUGAUGCCUCCGGGCAAUGACGAAAUCAAGGACGGACAGUGGAUGGGCGUCACUGUCCGCAGCCAAGGACGCGGAGGAAAGGUUUUGGUGUGCGCCCACAGGUACAUGAACAAGGGCGCUGACUUCCAGUGGGGCCGCGGCCUCUGCUACACCCUGACGCAAUACCUCGACUUCGACAAGUACUACGACCCCUGCAAGGGCCGACCCGUCGCCAGGGCGCACGAGGACUACGGCUACUGCCAGGCGGGCACGAGCGGCGUGCUGACCGACUCGGAGGAGCCGCUGGUGGCCAUCGGGUCCCCGGGGCCGUACACGUGGCGCGGGGCCAUCUUCGUCAACUCCAUCAGCGACGACUACCUCACCAAACUCAAGGUCACCUUCCACACGCCCAUCACUGAGAAAGAUUCGCCCGUCGACAAAUACGCCUACUUGGGGAUGUCGGUGACGGCGGGCAACUUCUACAGCGAGAAGGUGGGGUUCGCGGCGGGCGCGCCGCGCGACAACGGCACCGGCCGGGUGAUGCUGGUGCCGGAGGUGCGCGACGGCGUCAACCCGAUGGAGGUGAGGGCGCAGCUCUCCGGCGAGCAAUUUGCAUCCAGCUUUGGCUACGAGCUCGCCGCCGCCGAUAUAAACGGAGACAAACGGUCAGACCUGCUGGUCGGCGCCCCCUUCUACUACUCGCGCGACGCCGGCGGCGCCGUCUACGUCUACGUCAACACCCCCGAAUACUGCCUCCACUGCAGCAAACCCCAGAGACUCACCGGAAAACCAGAAUCUCGUUUCGGCUUUUCGAUCGCUCGACUGGGGGACCUGAACCAGGACGGCUUUGAGGACGUGGCAAUCGGGGCGCCGUACGAAGGCAAGGGGGCCGUCUACGUUUACCUCGGCUCCGAUAAGGGACUUAUCACCGAUCCGGCCCAGGUGAUCAGGGCGGAGGCGUUGGCCAGGGUGCAGCCAGCCACCUUUGGCUACUCGCUCAGCGGUGGCAUCGACAUGGACAUGAACGGCUACCCUGACCUGAUGGUCGGCGCCUACGAGGCCGACACGGCCGUGCUGCUGAUGGCCCGCCCGAUCAUCGGCAUCCUCACUUACGUGCGGCCCGAGCAGAAUCUCAAAAACAUCGACCCGCUCAAAAAGGGCUGCUCCAAAUACCCCAACAGGGACUACACUUGUUUUACUUUUGAGACGUGUUUCGACAUCGAGAGCGGCGGCCGGUCGUACGGGGGCAAGCACGAGUUGACCCUGAAGUACCGGCUGGAGGCGGAGACCUUCUCAGGACGCAAGUUCUCGCGAGUCUGGUUCGGCGCUGCCGACGACGAAAGACCGUCGUUUGUCGAGAAAAACAUGAAGUGGAAGCCGGCGAGGGGCAUCACCUGCUCCGAAGAGGUCGUUUCGGUCAAGGAAAACACGAGAGACAUCCAGUCGCCAAUCGUGUUCAAACUGUCGUACUCGCUGAUCCAAGAGGAGCCGGAGGCCAUCAUCGCCGGCGAGGAGCUGCCCUCGGUCGACAGGUACCCCAUCCUGAACCAGCAGGAGGCCGUCAAGGUCUUCCAGGUCGCCUUCCAGAAGGACUGCGGCGACAACGAGGUCUGCGAGAGCAACCUCGAGGUGCAGGCUGAACUCCAUUUGAAACCAGUUGCAAGACAACAGUGGGAACUCCUGCUUGGCGAACUGGAAGAGGUCGUCGUGAACGUGACCAUUUACAACCACGGAGAGUCAGCCUACGAGUCGCAGCUUUUCCUCACGCACCCUUCAGGUCUCAGCUACAUCGGGACUGGCAUUGAGGAGAAGAGCCUGUUCUCUUGCAAGCCGUUCAACAGCACCCUGGUGGCGUGCAGCAUCGGCAACCCUUUCAAGAAGGGCAAGAAGCAGCUGCGUCUGCGCUUCGACCCCAAGGAGCUGAGCGACCGCGACCUGCAGCUCGAGUUCACGGUCAGCGCCAACUCCACCUCGGAGGACAUUGGACAGCAGAGUCCGCUCGUCCUGCGGGCCAACGUGGUCAAGAAGGCCGAGCUAUCCAUCAAAGGAUUGGCGCGGCCGGAGCAAGUUUUCUACGGCGGUGCGGUCAAGGGCGAGUCCGCCAUUAGGUUCAGGGACGAGGUGGGCACCAGGGUGCUGCACACGUACCAGGUGUUCAACAGCGGACCCUGGAAGGUGAACCAGCUGGAGGUGCACAUCGACUGGCCCUACCAGGUGGCCAACACCAAGCCACAGGGCAAGUGGCUGCUUUACCUCGACGAAAAGCCCACCGUCGAAUCUAUUGGAGGGGGUGAGUGCCGCAUGGGUUACGGCCAGGUGAACCCGCUGAACCUGACGGCGAGGGCCGGUGCUGAAGACCCGUUCGACAACCUGAUCCUCGAGUCUCCUCCGGAGACGAUUUUGUUCAACAGCAGGAGAAAAAGAGACACGGAGGCGGUGCUGCGGCCCGAGGCCAUCACGGACAAGGAGGGCCGCAGACGGAGUGUGAUCUCAUCAAAUUGCGCUGCUGGCACCGCCAAGUGCUUCACGUUUGUCUGCAUCAUCAGAAACUUGCACAAAAACACUGAAGCAACAAUCAGAAUAAGAGCCAGGCUGUGGAACUCGACGUUAGUGGAAGACUACCCUCGAGUCGACUGGGUCAAAAUUGGCUCCAGAGCUCGAAUUCAUCUCCAGGGAAUCCAUCAGAGCAACGAGGACGAUGAAUUCCAGGUGGAGACGAUAGCGUACCCUGAGCUGCUGGAGCAGGCUGCUGGGGAGGGCGUGCCGCUGUGGAUGAUCGUGGUGGCGAUCGCGGCCGGUCUGCUGCUGCUCAUCCUGCUGACCAUUUGCCUGUGGAAGUGUGGCUUCUUCAAGCGGCGCCGGCCCGACCCAACCCUGUCGGGCAACCUGGAGAAGCAGCGCCACGACUGAGACGCGCUCGUCAACCACAGAGUGCCUCUUUCUCAUCCGCCCCCGCCCAGCCCGCAAACUGCCGUGCAAAUCAAGUGAUAAACUCUGCGCAAGAGUUCAUAGUGACAAGAGUGUAUUAGUUUCGUGUUUUAUGUACUUUUAAUUAUGGAAAGAAGAGACAGAGACGCCGCGAGUCUAGCGUAUUGCUAAGUUAUGUGUGAAUGCCCUAUUCGAACGCAUGCCUGCGAGUUUUAAAUUAAUAAAUGUUUCAUUCUUAUUGAAUAA